AUGAUUGCACACCGCAGAACCAGGCCCCUAGUCCCCGGCGGCCCCGCUAUUCCUGGUUACGGUAGCGGCCAUGGUAACGGCGGGGCAAGGGGUGCUAAGAAUCCCCGGCAGAGAUCCGGCUAUCACCCCCCUUCACAACGACAACUGGCCCUGGUGACAUACAACGUGCGCACUUUGAGGUUGGACGAGAAGCUAAUAGAGCUGGAAGAAGAAAUGAACAAGUUGCGCUGGGACGUUAUUGGUUUAUCGGAGAUCCGAAGAGAGGGGGAGGAUACGAAAACCUUACAGUCUGGCCACUUGUUCUACUACCGGGAGGGAGAACAGAAGUCCCAAGGUGGUGUUGGGUUUAUCGUCCACAAAUCUCUCAUAAACAACAUUGUGGCCAUCGAAAGUGUGUCGAGUAGGGUAGUAUACCUUGUCCUCAAAAUCUCAAAGCGGUAUUCGCUGAAGAUUGUACAGGUAUACGCCCCAUCGACGUCACAUCCAGACGAUGAAGUGGAAGCUACGUAUGAGGACAUUAGUAGGGCCAUACGUGACUCCCAAUCACAUUUUACCGUUGUUAUGGGAGAUUUCAAUGCAAAACUGGGCCGUAGAGGCGAUGAUGAGUUGAAAGUGGGGCCAUUUGGAUUUGGGCAGCGGAAUCCCAGAGGACAGAUGCUGGCGGACUUUAUGGAGAAGGAAGGACUCUUUAUGAUGAAUUCUUUCUUCAAGAAGCCGCCACAACGGAAAUGGACCUGGUUGAGUCCCGACGGUGUAACAAGAAAUGAAAUUGACUUCAUCAUGAGCACCAACAGACAGAUAUUCAACGAUGUCUCUGUGAUCAACAGUGUUAAAACAGGAAGUGAUCACCGAAUCGUCAGAGGCAUGUUGAAUAUCAAUGUCAGACUGGAAAGAUCGCGUCUGAUGAAGUCAACGCUUCGACCGUCGAAUGCACAAAUCCAAAACCCCGAGAGCUUUCAACUCGAAUUGGCUAAUCGCUUCGAAUGGCUAAACAGCUGCACAUCAGUGGACGAUGUAAACAGCAGGCUGGUAGAGACUACCUCAGAAACUAUCCGACCGCACCCGAAACCUCAUGGCUAG